UUUUUGCUACUUAGCUAACGUUAGCUACAUUAGCUUCUUACUUUCAACAGCUGACUUAGCUAACGCGACUGGGUUUUUAGUGAUAUUAGCUUAGCUGCUUGUUUGGCUAGCAAGACGUUUACAGGAAAGGCAAAGCAGGUGUCGCGGUGUAAUGCGGACGAAUAUUGAUCAUCGAGGAUAGAGAGACAAGGCUAUCAAGGAGCAUAGGAGAGAAUUGGUGCGCUCUCGGGAACGAGAUAGUGUGAUUUCAGUGGCUGGCAGGGGGCGAUGUCGAGCACAGCCAUGAAGAAAAAGGUGCUGCUGAUGGGAAAGAGUGGAUCUGGGAAGACCAGCAUGAGGUCAAUCAUCUUCGCCAAUUAUAUCGCCCGAGACACGCGCCGACUGGGGGCCACCAUCGAUGUGGAACACUCGCAUGUCCGUUUCCUGGGUAACCUGGUCUUGAACCUUUGGGACUGUGGAGGACAGGACACCUUCAUGGAGAACUACUUCACCAGCCAGCGGGACAACAUCUUCCGCAACGUGGAGGUGCUGAUCUACGUGUUCGACGUGGAGAGCCGCGAGCUGGAGAAGGACAUGCACUACUACCAGUCCUGCCUGGAGGCCAUUCUGCAGAACUCCCCCGAUGCCAAGGUCUUCUGCCUGGUGCACAAGAUGGACCUGGUGCAGGAGGACCAGAGAGACGUGAUCUUUAAGGAGCGUGAAGAGGACCUGAAGAGGCUCUCCCGCCCUCUCGCCUGCAUCUGCUUCAGGACCUCUAUAUGGGACGAGACGCUGUACAAGGCCUGGUCCAGCAUUGUCUACCAGCUCAUUCCCAAUGUGCAGCAGCUGGAGUCCAAUCUGCGCAACUUUGCCCAGAUCAUUGAGGCUGAUGAAGUGCUGCUGUUCGAGAGAGCCACCUUCUUGGUGAUCUCUCACUACCAGUGCAGGGAGCAGCGAGACGCACACAGAUUCGAGAAGAUCAGCAACAUCAUCAAACAGUUCAAGCUGAGCUGCAGUAAACUGGCCGCCUCCUUCCAGAGCAUGGAGGUGCGAAACUCCAACUUCGCCGCUUUCAUCGACGUCUUCACCUCCAACACCUACGUCAUGGUGAUCAUGUCAGACCCAUCCAUACCCUCUGCGGCUACGCUCAUCAACAUCCGCAACGCCCGCAAGCACUUUGAGAAGCUGGAGCGUGUCGACGGACCCAAGCACAGCCUGCACAUGCGCAUGCACUAGAAGCGCUGUCCUGUCCCAUCAGGCACUGGGCUCCCGCUGGUCACGCCGUCACACACGCACACAACCAAUCAGCAGUGGGCGUCCAGCUGGCCCGGCCUGCAGCCUCACAGUAGAAGGAGGAGCUUUCAAAAAUAUGUGAAGUCGCCAUUCGUCGUUGCCUCACUCUGUCGCACUGUAUUCCUUUUUCUGUGUAAGGAAAACUGUCUUUUACUUCUUAGUAAACAUGGGUUGGAGGUGUUGGACUGGUGUGAGAGAUUUGUCAGAUUUCUUGUUACAUGAAAUGCUGUGAAGGGCUGGGAGCAUUUUAUUUGGCACGACACAGUCUCCAUGUACUGUGCACAUAAGCACUGGACAAAAUGUCUGUUUUUGUCUUGAAUAAAUGUAUUUCAUUGUGAACGCUGUAAAUAUACAUCACUAUUUGGCAGUAAUUAAAAGCCAUUUUAUCUAUGGGGAAAAAAAUAAAAGUCUGUCUGGUUA